UGCACCCUCAUCAUUAUGGGUUGCUCCACCACCCUCCUCCCUACCACCCCACCCCCCCUUAAACCCCCCUCCCCCAACCUCAAUCUCACCCGCCGCAACCUCCUCUUCCUGUCCACCACCACCCUAUCCCUCCCCACCACCCCCACUCUCUCCACCACCCUACCCCCACCACCAGACACCACCAUCACUUCACGUGUCUUCUUAGACUUCUCCAUUUGUCCUAAUUACUUCACUAACCGAAACCUCGGCGAUGAUCUCUCAAACUGCCAAGAUUCGGAAAAGAUUGGUCAAUUAAUCCUCGGACUAUACGGGAACUUAGUUCCCACAACUGUCUCAAAUUUUAAAGCAAUGUGUACUGGUUCAUCAGGCUCAAGUUAUAAAGGCACUUUAGUCCAUAAAAUAUUUCCAGGCCAGUUUGUUUUGGCGGGAAAACAAGGGAGGAAAGAUAAAGGAGAAGUAAAGGCACCAAUGGAAUUAAUCAAGAACAAUGAGUCAAUUGAAAGUAAAGCUUUUGUUUUGGAACAUUCAAGAAGUGGGGUUGUUUCAUUAGCUUUAUCUGAGAAUGAUGAUGAUGAUGAUGUGAAGUUUAAUACGAAUUAUCAUAAUGUGGAGUUCUUGAUUACUACUGGACCUGGACCUUGUCCAAUGCUUGAUGGAAAGAAUAUUGUUUUUGGAACUGUUCUUGAAGGGUUGGAUGUUGUGACAACUAUAGCUGCCAUUCCCACUUAUAAACCAUCCGAAAAUAUUCGACAGUAUAAUGAUUUUGCUGAACGUAUUGGAGAUGGAAGAGCAAAAACUGCUCGCGCAAUCUGGAAUAAGCCACUCAAGACUGUUUAUAUCAGUGACUGUGGAGAACUCAAAGUAGCAAAGCCUACACUUUCUCCUAGCCUACCUUGAUAUGCUGACAUUUGUUCAGGUUAUUUCGAUAUACACAUUGUUGUUACCAUGACUUGUAAAGGUUCUCUUUUCUGUAUGUUACAUUGAGAGAAGAGGAUUUACAUAAUGCAAAGCUUUUAACUUGAGAAAUCCA